AUGCUACGCAAGGUAUCCCAUCAUGUCAGUGUUACACUAACAACUUUUCUUUCAGUGUACUUUGUUUGGCACAAGAUUCUGCAAGACAAAGAAUUAUUUGCAAAGUGGAUCUCAUGCUAGUAGUUAGGCAAAAUUGAUGUGACUUCUCUUGGGUUCUUUGCCUACAGUGAGAAUAACUACUACUACUAUAAGGGCUCCAUGCUAUCCCCAUUGAUUUAAGUUGGAAUUGACUGAUGUCGGGGUAGCAAUACAAUGUGAACUCCUCUGUCUCUUCCAGAGUGUCACAGAGAGUUUUGGCGCGGCCAUCUCCAGCCUCAACGCAGCUCACCUGACAGAUACUGUGGUCCACAGGAGUAAGAGGAUGAUGCUGGACACAUUGGGAGUGGGGCUCUUGGGGACCAGUACAGCUGUCUUCAGCAAGGCUCUCCAGUACAGCCAGGUAAACUAUACUACUGUAUAAGUAAACUACAGUACUGUACUUCACAACAGAAAGGAAACAUGCAAGCAGCAGUGUACAUGGCUCUGCUUGUGGCAUUUCUGGGUGUAAAAAGCUAUUUAAAAUGUCCGGGCAACCAACUUGCCGGAUGGGCACGUGCCUUUAAUCUUUGAUAUCAAUCUCAGCAUAUACUGUACAGUAUGGUCAUAUUUUUACAGUACUAUUUAAAGUGUGUUUCUGAUUGUAUAUACUUUUUAUUUUCUAUUGUUUACAUGUUUAUAGUUAUGUAUGCCAUAUGCUAUACAGUGGCUUGUGAAAGUAUUCACCCCCAUUGGCAUUUUUCCUAAUUUGUUGCCUUACAACCUGGAAUUAAAAUUGAUUUUUGGGGGGUUUGUAUCAUUUGAUUUACCCAACAUGCCUACCACUUUGAAGAUGCACAUUGUCUUUGGGGUGAAACAAACAAGAAAUAAGAAAGAAAACAGAAAACUUGAGCAUGAAUGGCAGCAGGCAGGUGUGACUGCAUUUGCACGCACAGUGAGGCGUAUACUUUUGGAGGAUGGCCUGGUAUCAAGAAGGGCAGCAAAGAAGCCACUUAUCUCCAGGAAAAACAUCAGGGACUGAUAUUCUGCAAAAAGUACAGAGAUUGGACUGCUGAGGACUGGGGUAAAGUCAUUAUCUCUGAUGAAUCCCCUUUCUGAUUGUUUGGGGCAUCCGGAAAACACCUUGUCCGGAAAAGACAAGGUGAGCGCUACCAUCAGUCCUGUGUCAUGCCAACAGUAAAGCAUUAUGAGACCAUUUAUGUGUGGGGUUGCUUCUCAGCCAAGGGAGUGGGCUCAUUCACAAUUUUGCCCAAGAACACAGCUAUGAAUAAUUCCUCAGAGAACAACUUCUCCCAACCAUCCAAGAACAGUUUGGUGACGACCAAUGCCUUUUCCAGCAUGAUGGAGCACCUUGCCAUAAGGCAAAAGUGAUAACUCCCCAGACCUUAAUCCCAUUGAGAACUUGUGGUCGAUCCUCAAGAGGCGGGUGGACAAACAAAACCCCACAAAUUCUGACAAACUCCAAGCAUUGAUUAUGCAAGAAUGGGCUGCCUUCAGUCAGGAUGUGGCCUAGAAGUUAAUUGACAGCAUGCCAGGGCAGAUUGCAGAGGUCUUGAAAAAGAAGGAUCAACACUGCAAAUAUUGACUCUUUGCAUAAACUUAAUGUAAUUGUCAAUAAAAGCCUUUGACACUUAUGGAAUGCUUGUAAUUAUACUUCAGUAUACCAUAGUAACAUCUGACUAAAAAUAUCUAAAAACACUGAAGCAGCAAACUUUGUGAAGACCAAUACUUGUGUCAUUCACCAAUUUUGACUAUUUUGUGUAUGUCCAUUACAUGAAAUCCAAAUUAAAAUCCAUUUAAAUUACAGGUUGUAAUGCAACAAAAUAGGAAAAACGCCAAGGGGCACUGUAUACCAUGAAUGCCAUAUAUGCCAUGGAGCAUUGCACCUCCAGUUAUUUUUCAACAUUUCUUGUUGAAAUACGAUAUCCUGAGUAUAACAAUGAUAAUGUAGGAUAUAUUUUUAGCACAAUUGUGAUAUUUAGAUUUUAAAAAAUGAAACAUAAAAUGGGGACGUUCAGUUGAAGUCGGAAGUUUACAUACACUUAGGUUGGAGUCAUUAAAACUCGUUGUUCAACGACUCCACAAAUGUAUUGUUAACAAACUAUAGUUUUGGCAAGUCGGUUAGGACAUCUACUUUGUGCAUGACACAAGUCAUUUUUCCAACAAUUGUUUACAGACAGAUUAUUUAACUUAAAAUUCACUGUAUCACAAUUCCAGUGGGACAGAGGUUUACAUACACUAAGUUGACUGUGCCUUUAAACAGCUUUGAAAAUUCCAGAAAAUGAUGUCAUGGCUUUAGAAGCUUCUGAUAGGCAAAUUGACAUAAUUUGAGUCAAUUGGAGGUGUACCUGUGGAUGUAUUUGAAGGCCUACCUUUAAACUCAGUGCCUCUUUGCUUGACAUCAUGGGAAAAUCAAAAUAAAUCAGCCAAGACCUCAGAAAAAAGUUUGUAGACCUCCACAAGUCUGGUUCAUCCUUGGGAGCAAUUUCCAAAAGCCUGAAGGUACCAUGUUCAUCUGUACAAACAAUAGUACGCAAGUAUAAACUCCCUGGGACCACACAGCCAUCAUACAGCUCAGGAAGGAGACACGUUCUGUCUCCUAGAGAUGAACUUUACUUUGAAAAGGGCAAAUCAAUCCCAGAGCAACAGCAUAGGACCUUGUGAAGAUGCUGGAGGAAACAGGUACAAAACUAUCUAUAUCCACAGUAAAACAAGUCCUAUAUCGACAUAACCUGAAAGGCCGCUCAGCAAGGAAGAAGCCACUGCUCCAAAACCGCCAUAAAAAAGCCAGACUAUGGUUUGCAACUGCACAUGGGGACAAAGAUCGUACUUUUUGGAGAAAUGUCCUCUGGUCUGAUGAAACAAAAUUAGAACUGUUUGGCCAUAAUGACCAUCGUUAUGUUUGGAGGAAAAAGAGGGAGCUUGCAAGCCAAAGAACACCAUCCCAACUGUGAAGCACGGGGGUGGCAGCAUCAUGCUGUGGGGGUGCUUUGCUGCAGGAGGGACUGGUGCACUUCACAAAAUAGAUGGCAUCAUGAGGAAGGAAAAUUAUGUGGAUAUAUUGAAGCAACAUCUCAAGACAUUAGUCAGGAAGUUAAAGCUUGGUCGCAAAUGGGUCUUCCAAAUGGACAAUGACCCCAAGCAAACUUCCAAAGUUGUGGCAAAAUGGCUUAAGGACAACAAAGUCAAGGUAUUGGAGUGGCCAUCACAAAGCCCUGACCUCAAUCCUAUAGAAAAUGUGUGGGCAGAACUGAAAAAGCGUAUGCGAGCAAGGAGGCCUACAAAACUGACUCAGUUACACCAGCUCUGUCAGGAGGAAUGGGCCAAAAUUCACCCAACUUAUUGUGGGAAGCUUGUGGAAGGCUACCUGAAACGUUUGACCCAAGUUAAACAAUUUAAAGGCAAUGCUACCAAAUAAUAAUUGAGUGUAUGUAAACUUCUGACUCACUGGGAAUGUGAUGAAAGAAAGAAAAAGCUUAAAUAAAUAAUUCUCUCUACUAUUAUUCUGACAUUUCACAUUCUUAAAAUGAAGUGGUGAUCCUAACUGAUCUAAGACAGGGAAUUUUUACUAGGAUUAAAUGUCAGAAAUUGUGAAAAACUGAGUUUAAAUGUAUUUGGCUAAGGUGUUUGUAAAUUUCCGACUUCAGCUGUAUAUGGUUGACUAGAGGCAGGUUACUAGUCAGUCCACCCUUAGAGUUUCUGAUGCUGUUGAUGUUGUAUGAUCCUAGUUGUACAAAUCAGUGGAGAGGAGCAGUGUGUGGGGAGUAUCAGGGAUGACACUGCCACCCCAGUAUGCUGCCUUCGUCAAUGGCAUAGCGGUAAGACAUCUUACAUACCGUACACCCCCAUUUACUUAUCAAGUGAUUUAUCUUUCAAUGUUCCUCUUAAUCACAUUAUAAUCCUAUUCAAAUCCCCUCCCUUUGUCCUUAUUUUUCUCUGUGGUAAAUGUAACCUGUUUUUGAAAAACCAAUUCAAAUGUUGACAUUUUGUUGACAUUUUAAUUGAGAUUUGAUUGAUGCAUUAUACACUGAAAUGUUGAUAUUUAUAAGAUGUUAAUAUUAAUAAGAGAAUGCAUUUUAUUCAGUAUUCAGUUUUAUCACAUUUCCCCCUGUAUGCUUCACUUCCUCAAGUUGUUAGUGACCUAAUACUGGGUCAGGGUUGGGUCGGUUACUUUCUAAAUUGUCACGCUCGUUGAUGAACGGGUCAGACCAAGGCGCAGCGUGAUAUGCAUACAUGUUUAUUUACACGAAUAAACACACGACAAAACAAUAAACUAAGGACACGUGAAGUCCUAAGGUAACACAACAAACCUUAUACAGAACAAGAUCCCACAACUCAAUAGUGCCAAUAGGCCGCCUAAGUAUGGUCCCCAAUCAGAGACAACGAGCGACAGCUGCCUAUGAUUGAGAACCACACCGGAAAACAUAGAAAUACCCAUACUAGAUAGAAAAAAUAGAACUACACACCAUAGAAUAUACACACCCUGACUCAACAUAUAAGCGUCCCCUGAGUCAGGGCGUGACAGUACCCCCCCAAAGGUGCGGACUCCGACCGCACAACAUAAACAUAACAGGGUAGGGGCCGGGUGGGCAUUCCGCCUCGGAGGCGGAUCCGGCUCAGGGCGUGACGACCUCUCACUCUUCGCCUCCCUGUUGUGCCCCUGGUCUGGUCUAGACCUCAGGCCGUUGCUUCCCCUCUCCUUCCUCCCACUAUACUCCAAGCCCUGUCUGGACCCUGGUGUGGGAGACCCCGAACCUGGAGAGGGGCUGACGUCUGGGUCUGGACUGGAGCCGCUGACCGGAGCUGGACCGGACACCGGUGGAGCGGACUGCUCAGGCUCCGGACUGGAGCCGCUGACUGGAUCUGGACUGGACCCCGGUGGAGCGGACUGCUCUGGCUCCGGAGUGGAGACGCUGACCGGAGCUGGAUCAGGCACCGGUGGAGCGGACUGCUCUGGCUCCGGAGUGGAGCCGCUGACCGGAGCUGGACUGGACCCCGGUGGAGUGGACUACUCUGGCUCCGGAGUGGAGCAGCUGACCGGAGCUAGAUCAGGCACCGGUGGAGCGGACUGCUCUGGCUCCGGACUGGAGCAGCUGACCGGAGCUGGAUCAGGCACUGGUGGGGCGGACUGCUCUGGCUCCGGACUGGAGCUGCUGACUGGUGCCGGACCAGGCACCGGUGGAACGGGCACGGGCCGUGCCGGACUGGACACACUCACCACUGGUCUGGUGCGAGGAGCAGGCACGGGCCGAACCGGACUAGGAACAUCCACCACUGUCUUAGAGCGAGGAGCAGGAACAGGCCGGGCCGGACUGGCGACACGCACCACUGGCUUGGUGCGAGAAGCAGGAACAGGCCGGGCAGGGCUGGUGACGCGCACCACUGGCUUGGUGCGAGGAGCAGGAACAGGCCGGGCCGGGCUGGCGACGCGCACCACUGGCUUGGUGCGAGAGGCAGGAACAGGCCGGGCCGGGCCUGCGACGCGCACCACUGGCUAGGUGCGAGGGGCAGGAACAGGCCAGGCCGGGCUGGCGCGCGUACCACUGGCUUGGUGCGAGGGGCAGGAACAGGCCGGACCGGACUGGCGACGCGCACCACUGGCUUGGUGCGAGGUAAGGAACAGGCCAGGCCGGGCUGGCGACGUGCACCACUGGCUUGGUGCAAGGAGCAGGAACAGGCCGGGCCGGGCUGGCAACGCGCACCACUGGCUUGGUGCGAGAGGCAGGAACAGGCCGGGCCGGGCCUGCGACGCGCACCACUGGCUAGGUGCGAGGGGCAGGAACAGGCCGGGCCGGGCUGGCGACGCGCACCACUGGCUUGGUGCGAGGGGCAGGAACAGGCCGGACCGGACUGGCGACGCGCACCACUGGCUUGGUGCGAGGUAAGGAACAGGCCGGGCCAGGCUGGCGACGCGCACCACUGGCUUGGUGCAAGGAGCAGGAACGGGCCGGGCCGGGCUGGCGACGCGCACCACUGGCUAGGUGCGAGGAGCUGGAACGGGCCGGACCGGACUGUGAUGGCGGACUGGAGGUCUGGAGUGGAGAGCUGGCACAACCCGUCCUGACUGGCUGCCCACUUUCGCACUACACGUGCGGGGCGCUGGCACAGGACGCACUGGGCUGUGCACGCGUACUGGCGAUACAGCUCGUAGAACUGGCGCAGGAUAUGCGGGACCGAGGAGGCGUACUGGAGACCAGGAGCGUUGAGCCGGCACACCCCGUCCUGGCUGGAUGUCCAUCUUCGCACGGCACGUGCUUGGUGCUAGCAAAAGAUGUACAGGGCUGUGCACGCGCACUGGCGAUAUAGUACAUAGCUCCGUAUAACACGGAGCCUGCCCAGUCACACGCCUCCUCAUGUGAAUACGGGGAGUUGGCUCUGCUCUAACACUAGGCUCCGCCAACCACCCUUUUAUUCCCCAAUGUCCAGGCUGUCUGCUCCUGGACACGCUGCUUGGUCCUCGUUUGGUGGGAUCUUCUGUCACGUUCGUUCAUAGACGGGUCAGACCAAGGCGCAGCGUGAUAUGCAUACAUGUUUAUUUGAACCGAAUAAACACAACGACAAAACAACAAACUAAACGAAACGUGAAGUCCAAGGUAGACACAAACAGCAUACCUUUCACGGAACAAGAUCCCACAACUAACUAGUGCCAAUAGGCUGCCUAAGUAUGGCCCCAAUCAGAGACAACGAGCGACAGCUGCCUCUGAUUGGGAACCACACCGGCCAACAUAGAUCUAGACAUACUAGAAUAUACAACAUGGACAAACACAUUUACAUUACAUUACAUUUACAUCAUUUAGCAGACGCUCUUAUCCAGAGCGACUUACAAAUUGGUGCAUUCACCUUAUAGCCAGUGGGAUAACCACUUUACAAUGUGUUAUUUUUUUAUUUUUUUAUUUUUUUGGGGGGGGGUGGGUUGGGGUAAGGGAGGGGUAGAAGGAUUACUUUAUCCUAUCCCAGGUAUUCCUUAAAGAGGUGGGGUUUCAAAUGUCUCCGGAAGGUGGUGAAUGACUCCGCUGUCCUGGCGUCGUGAGGGAGCUUGUUCCACCAUUGGGGUGCCAGAGCAGCGAACAGUUUUGACUGGGCUGAGCGGGAACUAUGCUUCCGCAGAGGAAGGGGAGCCAGCAGGCCAGAGGUGGAUGAACGCAAUGCCCUCGUUUGGGUGUAGGGACUGAUCAGAGCCUGAAGGUACGGAGGUGCCGUUCCCCUCACAGCUCCAUAGGCAAGCACCAUGGUCUUGUAACAAAUGCGAGCUUCAACUGGAAGCCAGUGGAGUGAGUGGAGGAGGGGGGUGACGUGAGAGAACUUGGGAAGGUUGAACACCAGACGGGCUGCGGCAUUCUGGAUGAGUUGUAGGGGUUUAAUGGCACAGGCAGGGAGCCCAGCCAACAGCGAGUUGCAGUAAUCCAGACGGGAGAUGACAAGUGCCUGGAUUAGGACCUGUGCCGCUUCCUGUGUAAGGCAGGGUCGUACUCUCCUAAUGUUGUAGAGCAUGAACCUACAGGAUCGGGUCACCGCCUUGAUGUUAGCGGAGAACAACAGGGUGUUGUCCAGGGUCACGCCAAGGCUCUUCGCACUCUGGGAGGAGGACACAACGGAGUUGUCAACCGUGAUGGAGAGAUCAUGGAACAGGCAGUCCUUCCCCGGAAGGAAGAGCAGCUCCGUCUUGCCAAGGUUCAGCUUGAGGUGGCGAACCGUCAUCCAUACUGAUAUGUCUGCCAGACAUGCAGAGAUGCGAUUCACAACAAGGAAUAUACACACCCUGACUCAACAUAUAAGCGUCCUCUGAGUCAGGGCGUGACAUAAAUGUAAUCCGUUUACAGAACCUGUCCAAAAUUAUUAUCAGUAAUGUAACUUUUGGAUUACCCAAACUCAGCAAUGUAAUCUGAUUACUUUCAGUUACUUUGGAUUACUUUCCCCUUAAGAGGCAUUAGAAGAAGACAAAGACGAUCAGUCAAACACACUUAGUGGGUCAUCAUAGUGGUCUCUGAUUUGUGGUCACACCAGCUCAGGUGGAACAAACUUAAACUUGCGCCUUUUUAAAGGCUGAAUUAAACGUCAUUGAGAAAACAGAAAUGUGUCAUAAUGUAUUUUCUCGCAAUCAUCCUAUCUGAAUUUAAAAGUAAUCCAAGAAAUAUUAAUCUAGUUUCUCAAAAGUAUCUGUAAUUGGAUUACAUUCACAUGUACGAUUACAUUUUUGUUGUUGCUGGUUACGUAACGGAUUACCGUAAUUUUUUUGUAAUCAGAUUACAUGUGACUGAUUACAUGUAAUCAGUAUCUCCCCAACCCUGAACUGGGUUGUGUUCAAUAGAGCAAACCGUAGUAACACAUUUUGUAUGGACAAAUUUGAACAUUUUGUUCACUUAAAUCUGGGGCCUGUUCAGGAGGGCGCAAUGCCACAGAACAUUCAGACAGAAAUGCAUUUAGUAUCAGAUAUGCUUGUCUGUCGUGUAGAAUAGGUAAUCGUAUCAGCUCUAUUCAUUCCAUUUCUAUCUUCUUACGUUUCACCUCUCUGAAUGCACCCAUUAUAUAAUGUUGCCCUUUCACCUUGCCACAGGUGCACUCUAUGGACUUUGAUGACACGUGGCACCCUGCAACCCACCCCUCUGGGGCAGUGCUCCCUGCCCUCCUGGCCCUGGCAGAGACUCUGCCCACCCAGCCCUCCGGCCUGGACCUGCUGCUGGCCUUCAACGCAGGCAUCGAGGUGCAGGGGCGACUCAUGAGGUUCUCCAAGGAGGCCCACAAUAUACCUAGAAGGUAUAAAUGAGACUGCCAGUAAAUUUGCAUGCAUGCAUUUUGUUUUUAUUGUUUGUACUAAUUAUGUUGGCAGUUUGUUUUCUUUUGUACUGCCAAUAUAAUUACUGUAUAUCUGUAGUCACAAGUGCUUGUUCAAAUCAUAUUUGUGACUAGAGUACAGUACAUGCAUUGUACAGGUAUUUUACAGACAUUAGCUAUUGCACGCAAAUCUAAAAUACCACAUUUCUGGUGAGCUUCUAAUCCCAAUCUUCUCCCAAUCCUAAACGUUUUAUUUCUCUCUCUCAGGUUCCACCCUCCUGCUGUAGUGGGAGUAAUGGGCAGUGCAGCAGCCUCAGCUAAGCUCCUAGCCCUCUCCCCAGCCCAGUGUGUCCACUCCCUGGCUAUCGCCGCCUCCUCCGCUGGGGCCCCCAUGGCCAAUGCAGCUACCCAGACAAAACCCCUCCACAUUGGCAAUGCCGCCCGCAGAGGCCUGGAGGCCGCCAAGCUCGCCCUGCUGGGGCUGGAGGGAAGUCAGGCCAUCCUGGAUCUCGAGUCCGGCUUCGGGGUCUUCUACUCAGACUAUAGUCCCUCGGAGCUCCCCGGGACUGAUGGUGGUUGUGGUGGUGGGUUUCGAUGGGUUUUGGAGGAGCAGGAUGUGGCCAUCAAGCGCUUCCCAGCCCACCUGGGAAUGCACUGGGUGGUGGAUGCCGCCUUGGCGGCCCGGGCCAAGCUUGGAGCCUCUGGCGAACCUGACCUCUCUCAGGUCCAGAAGGUGGUGCUCAGAGUGCCUCCUUCCAGGUACAUCGACUGCCCCUUCCCAGCCAUGGAGCACCAGGCCAGGCAUUCAUUCCAGUUCAAUGCCUGCUCGGCCCUGCUGGACAACCAGGUGUCCGUGAACUCCUUCAGCAGGCCCCAGAUAGAUAGGCCAGCUUUGAGGGAGCUCCUGGCCAAGGUCAGAGUCGAGAACCCCCAAGACAACCACCCCAGCUUUGACAAGAUGUACUGCGAGGUGACAGUUGAGAUGGAGCAUGGGGAGAGUGCCACAGCCAGGUGUAAUACCUUCUACGGCCACUGGAGGAAGCCAUUGAGUCAGGAGGAUUUAGUUGGGAAAUUCGAGGCGAACGCCUCAACUGUGCUGAGCCAAGAAGGGGUGGAGAGGGUUGUGGACGUUAUAGGGAAUAUAGAGAAGUGCCCGGACUGUACGGUGCUGAGGUCAUAUCUACAGAUGAGCAGGCCGACAAUCCAUCUUUUCAGAGAACACCUUGUCUAA